AUGGGAAUCAUCGCGGACAAACUAGAUAUAGAUUUUGUAGUUUCGACCGGUGAUAAUUUCUACGAUGAUGGGUUAACCGGUGUUGAUGAUCCAGCAUUCGACGAGUCGUUUAAGUAUGUAUACGCUGCACGUAGCCUUCAAAAACAGUGGUACACUGUGUUGGGGAAUCAUGAUUACCGUGGGGAUGUAGAGGCACAAUUGGCCCCCAAGCUUAGAGAAAGAGAUAGCAGAUGGCGUUGUUUAAGAUCUUUUAUCGUAACUACAGAUGUUGCCGAAUUGUUCUUCGUGGACACGACUCCCUUCGUGAAUAUGUACUUUGAGGACCCAAAAGAUCACAAGUACGAUUGGAGAGGCAUACUACCUCGAGAACUUUACCUUACCAAUCUUGUAAAGGAUUUGAGAUUAGCGUUGAGUGAGUCAAAGGCUAAAUGGAAGAUUGUUGUUGGUCAUCAUGGUAUAAGAACCACAGGACACCAUUGCGACACCCCUGAACUUGUCACACAACUUUUGCCGCUUCUAGAGGAAUACGAGGUUGAUUUUUACGUUAACGGACAUGAUCAUUGUCUAGAGCAUGUCUCGUGUCAAGAUAGUAAAAUACGUUUCUUAACAAGUGGGGCUGGAUCAAAGGCAUGGCUAGAGGAGAAUAAGCCGCAUGAAAGUUGUGGUGUCAAGUUCUUCCAUCACGGACAAGGAUUCAUGUCGAUGAAACUAACUAAAAAUACAGCUCGAUUCGUGUUUUAUGAUGUUUUUGGUAAGCCUUUGCAUCGAUGGAAGACGUCGUUAAAGAAGCUUCAUACAUCGAUUUAA